AUGGGCGUCCAACAAAUAUUUACUAAGAAAAUGAGUUCAUCUAGUACCUUCAUACUAGUGGCUCUAUGUUUUGCACUAUUCACGGACACUUUCGUUUAUGGCAUUAUCGUACCUAUUCUUCCUUUCCUAUUGAUGGGCCAUGGCAACAUGGCUUCAAAGGACGUUCAAAAAUGGUCGUCUAUUUUAUUAGCGACUUAUGGUGUUGCUCUUUUACUUGGCUCUCCUGCGGUGGGAUAUUUUUGCGACAAAUAUCGCACUCGGAAAGCACCACUAGUUUCUGGUUUUGUCGCCAUGGCCCUUGCGACCGCCCUGUUUAUGUCUGCAACUAAUGUUUGGGUGCUUCUCGUAGCUCGAGUAUUCCAGGGUCUGUCAGGCGCGGUCGUGGGGGUUUUAGGGUUGAGCAUGAUUGCGGAAACAUCCAGUCCGGAACAUUUGGGUUCACACAUGGCUUGCGGGUCAGCAUCACUGACAUGGGGGAUGCUCUGUGGUCCCAUGACUGGUGGUUUCCUGUUUUCCCAAUUUGGCACUGUUGGUGCUUUCGGAGUCCCAAUGGCACUACUUGUGGUUGACAUUAUCCUGCGAAUGUUGAUUGUGCAGGAGGAUGAAGAUGAACCCAAAAGCCAUCACCAGGAGAAUUCUCCUCUCUUGGAGAGCAGCAACAGUAUCUCUGGUGAUACUUCGUUGAGCUUUUACCAAUUCUUGCAUCCACUCAUGCUGGGUCUGGUAUUUUCAGUUCUUAUCAUUUCUUCCAUUUUAUCUGCCAUCGAAACGACGCUUCCACUAUACGUGCUCGACACGUAUCAUUGGUCUAGUCUGGGUGCAGGACUUGUAUUCCUCCCAUUGACAAUACCUUCCGUCCUCAGUAUUCUAAUUGCCCACUUUGUAAGGCAUUGCAUGCCACGAACGGUUGUGGUGACUGGAUUCUUCUUAAUGGCAGUGCCGAUGGUCUCACUGCGAUGGACACAAGCAAACACGGUCCAUCACGAAAUCGCCCUUAUUUCCUUGCUCUUCGUCGUCGGAGUAUGUCUUACAACAGUGCAAGCGAUCAUCAUGGGGGAUGUCUCCAAUGCAGUCCGGAAGAUUGAAAUCAUUCACGGGAUUACAGAAGAGAAGAGCAGCGGACAGGCGCGGGGCUAUGCACUCUGUAACAUGGCAUUUGCCGCCGGUCAAACGCUUGGUCCGAUGGCUGGUGGAUUCAUCAAAUAUGAAUUAGGGUGGGGAUUUAUGACACUAAUCCUUGGAAUACUAUGUUUGGUCGCUGGCCUGUCGUCGUUCUUUUCUAUGUCGGCGGCCCCCCAAGUCGACGGGAACAAGGCCAAGGUCGGCGAUAAUGAAUGUUGA